UUCCCGGGGCAGCAAGAGACAAACAGGACAAAGUUCCCGAGGCAGCAAGAGACAAACAGAACAAAGUUCCCGAGGCAGCAAGAGACAAACAGGACAAAGUUCCCGGGGCAGCAAGAGACAAACAGGACAAAGUUCCCGAGGCAGCAAGAGACAAACAGAACAAAGUUCCCGAGGCAGCAAGAGACAAACAGGACAAAGUUCCCGAGGCAGCAAGAGACAAACAGGACAAAGUUCCCGGGGCAGCAAGAGACAAACAGGACAAAGUUCCCGAGGCAGCAAGAGACAAACAGGACAAAGUUCCCGAGGCAGCAAGAGACAAACAGGACAAAGUUCCCGAGGCAGCAAGAGACAAACAGGACAAAGUUCCCGGGGCAGCAAGAGACAAACAGGACAAAGUUCCCGAGGCAGCAAGAGACAAACAGGACAAAGUUCCCGAGGCAGCAAGAGACAAACAGGACAAAGUUCCCGAGGCAGCAAGAGACAAACAGGACAAAGUUCCCGGAGCAGCAAGAGACAAACAGGACAAAGUUCCCGGGGCAGCAAGAGACAAACAGAACAAAGUUCCCGGGGCAGCAAGAGACAAACAGGACAAAGUUCCCGAGGCAGCAAGAGACAAACAGGACAAAGUUCCCGGGGCAGCAAGAGACAAACAGGACAAAGUUCCCGAGGCAGCAAGAGACAAACAGGACAAAGUUCCCGGGGCAGCAAGAGACAAACAGGACAAAGUUCCCGGGGCAGCAAGAGACAAACAGGACAAAGUUCCCGGGGCAGCAAGAGACAAACAGGACAAAGUUCCCGGGGCAGCAAGAGACAAACAGGACAAAGUUCCCGGAGCAGCAAGAGACAAACAGGACAAAGUUCCCGAGGCAGCAAGAGACAAACAGGACAAAGUUCCCGAGGCAGCAAGAGACAAACAGGACAAAGUUCCCGAGGCAGCAAGAGACAAACAGGACAAAGUUCCCGAGGCAGCAAGAGACAAACAGGACAAAGUUCCCGAGGCAGCAAGAGACAAACAGGACAAAGUUCCCGGGGCAGCAAGAGACAAACAGGACAAAGUUCCCGGAGCAGCAAGAGACAAACAGGACAAAGUUCCCGGAGCAGCAAGAGACAAACAGGACAAAGUUCCCGAGGCAGCAAGAGACAAACAGGACAAAGUUCCCGAGGCAGCAAGAGACAAACAGGACAAAGUUCCCGAGGCAGCAAGAGACAAACAGGACAAAGUUCCCGAGGCAGCAAGAGACAAACAGGACAAAGUUCCCGAGGCAGCAAGAGACAAACAGGACAAAGUUCCCGGAGCAGCAAGAGACAAACAGGACAAAGUUCCCGGAGCAGCAAGAGACAAACAGGACAAAGUUCCCGAGGCAGCAAGAGACAAACAGGACAAAGUUCCCGGAGCAGCAAGAGACAAAACAGGACAAAGUUCCCGGGGCAGCAAGAGACAAACAGGACAAAGUUCCCGGAGCAGCAAGAGACAAACAGGACAAAGUUCCCGAGGCAGCAAGAGACAAACAGGACAAAGUUCCCGGAGCAGCAAGAGACAAACAGGACAAAGUUCCCGGAGCAGCAAGAGACAAACAGGACAAAGUUCCCGGGGCAGCAAGAGACAAACAGAACAAAGUUCCCGGAGCAGCAAGAGACAAACAGGACAAAGUUCCCGGAGCAGCAAGAGACAAACAGGACAAAGUUCCCGAGGCAGCAAGAGGCAAACAGGACAAAGUUCCCGAG